AUGGGCCUCUUGGAGCCAAUCAGCUCCUCCGAGGAGUUUGGGCAGCUGUUUCCCUUGAUGCCCAGUCGCCAGCCAGACCUGGCCAUGGAAGAGGAUGAUGAUGGGAUGCCGACCUACGAGGGCUCCCCUGCGACUCAUAACACUUUCGAAAGCGAGCCCGACAUUGCGGACAUCGAGGCAGAUUGGAGUCGACGCGACUCCAGAUCUCCAAGGCCCUCGAUGGGCAACUACACUUUACCUGCCGACGUCUGCAUCCCAAUGCCUCCAAACGGCUUGAUGCACGCUCGACACGAGCAUCGGAUCAAGACUUUCCUGGAGGACGUGCAGGCGAAUCCUGGCAAGAUCAAGAGGAAGAUUGAACGCAGACGGGAGAAAGCAGGCAUGGUCGAUGAAGAGGCAAGUACCGGAUGGAUCAGCCAGGCCAAAACGAAGGUGAAGGAUUUCGUCCGGCAGAUCAGCUGA